UUCUAAAUAUGGGCUCCUUCAUAUCAAUCUCCAUUUUCGUUUUCGUUCUCUCUAUUGCUGCUCUUUUCUUCCACUGCACAAAUGCAGCCACGUUCGAUAUCCGCAACAAUUGUCCAUUCACAGUCUGGGCCGCUGCCGUACCCGGUGGUGGCAGACAGCUCGGUAGUGGCCAAACUUGGACAAUCAACGUUGCCGCGGGCACUACAGCUGCUCGAAUUUGGGCUCGAACAGGUUGCAGAUUCGACGGCUCCGGCCGUGGUCGUUGUCAAACAGGGGACUGCAAUGGCCUACUCCAGUGUCAAGGCUACGGUGCACCACCUAACACCCUAGCCGAAUACGCCCUCAACCAGUACAAUAACUUGGACUUCUUCGAUAUAUCUCUUGUAGACGGGUUCAACGUGCCAAUGCAAUUUAGUCCCACCUCCGGUGGGUGCUCCCGCGGAAUCCGCUGCGCUAAUGACAUCAAUGGCCAAUGUCCGACUCAGUUGAGGGCACCCGGCGGCUGUCACAACCCAUGCACGGUGUUCAGGACCGAUCAAUAUUGUUGCAACUCAGGACGUUGUGGGCCUACAAACUUUUCUAGAUUUUUUAAGGACAGGUGCCCUAAUGCAUAUAGUUACCCUAAAGAUGAUCAGACCAGCAAAUUUACUUGUCCAGGAGGAACCAACUAUCUAGUGACCUUUUGCCCUUGAAGGCUUGGAGCAGCAGCAUUUCAUUGUAAUAAAAUAAUCUGAGUUGCUCUAUGGAAGACUCGACUUGGCUUGAAUAAUGUGCAAAUGCUGUAUGAUUUUCAUAUAAAUAUAAAAUAAAUUUCUGUGAAUAAAAACUUGUAUCCCUGUCUUUUCUAUAUUAA